CGCACUUCGCACACCAAUCCUGCCACAGUAGCAUCAGAGUCACAGAAGUGGCAGACAUGCAACGCUUCAACAUCGGCUUGCUUCUUGCGCUUACAGCGAUUACACGAGCAGAAAACGAUUGUCCCAGGAUCAUUAGCAGAUCUGGCUGGGGAGCAAGACCUUCCAAGCACGUGGAAUAUAUGAAAAUCCCUGUGGAGUAUGUUGUUAUCCAUCACACCGUAACUCCAAGUUGCAGCACUGUGAGCAUGUGCGUGGACCGGGUGGCCAGUAUACACUCAUUUCACGUGGACACAAAUGGCUGGAGUGAUAUUGGUUUUUCGUUUUUGGUCGGCGGGGAUGGCAACGUAUAUGAGGGCCGUGGCUGGCACCAAGUUGGGGCUCACACGUAUGGCUUCAACAGGAGGAGCGUAGGAAUUGCAUUGAUAGGAGAAUUCACUGAUUCCUUGCCCCCACGGAUCCAGUUGGAGGCCUUGAAGAGUUUACUGGAGUGCGGUGUAAAGGAGGGAGAGUUAGCGGAGAACUACAAGGUGUUGGCAGCUCGUCAGGUCUCGGCCACGAAGAGCCCGGGGCUUGCGCUCUUUCAGGAGAUUCAGACCUGGCCCGAUUGGGUUGAAAAUCCAUGAGAGACAGUGGCUAAUUCAAGCAUCAUGUUCCUUUGGUGGACCUCCUAAUAUUAAAGAAAAUAUUUUCUGAAUUUUGAGUGGGAUGACAGUGAAACUUAGCCAACAUUCAUACUCCCAUUUCUUUUAAAAAUGAAAAUAUUAUGAAGAUUUUGUCAUGCAAAUCAAAUGCUUAUUGGUGCAUAAAUAAACAAGAAGUUCUGGGAAGAA